AUGCGGAUUUCCGCUGUGGUGGCGGAAGCCUUCGGCGGUCCGGAGGUGCUGCAACUGAGCUCCAAAGAGCUCAGCCCCCUGCAGUCCGGACAGGUGCGGGUGAAGGUGGAGGCGGCUGGAGUGAACCCUUCCGACACCUACCUGCGCCUGGGUGUUCACGGACCCUACGCGGCAGUGCCCCACUUGCUGCCGAACCUGCCAUGGACGCCAGGCAAGGAUGGCGCUGGUGUGGUGGAGGAGGUGGCACCUGAUGUCACCCACCUCAAGGUGGGCCAGCGAGUGUACACCUGCGCCGGCGGCACUGGCACCUACGCCAGCCAUGCCAACCUGGAUGCUGCGGGGGUCUUCCCCCUGCCGGAUGGCAUCACGUUUGCGGAGGGCGCCUGCGUGGGAGUGCCCUGCGCCACCGCCUACUACGCCCUGCGCUUCCGCGCCCAGGCCGCCGGGCGGGUAUUUGUGCACGGCGCCAGCGGCGCCGUUGGCCUGGCCGCGGUGAUGCUGGCGAAAGACUUGGGCUGCUUCGUGGUGGGCACUGCCGGCACUUCUGCGGGGCUUCAGGCGAUCGCCUCGGCCGGCGCCGAUGUGGCCAUUUGCCACCGUGAGGAGGGCUACAUCGCGAAGUGCCAGACUGCUGCGCCGGAGGGCUUCGACGUGAUCCUGGAGAUGGCGGCCCAUGCCAACCUCCCUGCGGAUUUGCAGCUCGCUGGCCCGAAGUGCAGACUCUGCAUCGUGGGCUCCAAGGCAGAGCCCGUGGCUGUAAACCCGCGCCUGCUGAUGCCCAAGGAGAUCGACAUGAAAGGCGUCUUCCUGGGCUCUGCCAGUGCUUCUGAGCUCAAGGACACGCACGCUGCGCUCUAUGACGCCAUGGAAAGGCGUGCGCUAGUGCCAGUGGUCGCCCAGCAGCUUCCACUCAGCGAAGCGGGCAAGGCGCACGUGGAGGUGAUGGCGCCUUCUGCCGGUGGCGCUGCUGGCAACGUGGUGCUGGUGCCGGGGAUGGACAGCUGCCUUUGA